AGGCAGAGUUUGGUAAGUACAUUAAGUGUAAUACCACGUCGCCAUCGACAAUCUUUUUUCCCGUUGAGGUACUUCUGUGUCUUCGCGCAUCUCCUCCCUCUCACGUUCUUCUUUUGUUUUUGAAGCUCUUCCGUGUUUGCGUUUACGAUGGGGUCAAAGCGUAGCGCCGUCGUCGCGGCAAUCACCAUCGCGGCUCUGCUGUGCAUCAGCGAGGUGCGCGGCUUCGCCUACGUGCCCAUCACAUCCGUCUUCUACGCCGGCAAAUCCACCGGGACGAACGCGGGCGACGAGCGCAUGUGCCUCUCCAAGGGCGGCUACCUCGCCACGGAGGCCACCGCGGUGCUGCACAACGCCGACAUCGCCGCCAUGCAAAACGCCAUCGGCACCGCGACGGAGUUCUACGCGUACCUUGGUGGCGGCAUCAACCUGUUCCGCAGCAAACAAGGCGGCGUGCCCGGAUUCUGUCCGUGGGCCUGGGCAGAUCCGGAGACACCGAGCUACAUACUCAAUCCGCAUACCGGCGACUUGCGAGACUGCCUUUACCGCUGGAGAGCGGGUCGUUGGCGGAUGAUGACGUCCGACGAGGGCGAGAUCGCUGAUGAGGCGCACUCGGGCGUGUCGUUCUACAAGGGCCGGAACAACUACCAGGGUGCGCUUUCUGGAUUCCCAACGUGGUGGUACAACGCCAAUGUUUUCGUUAUACGUCCUGGCGUGAUUGGCGGUCGCUACGUCGUUCUCUUCCAGAACGGAGAAACCACCUCCGCCAACCUGACCCCGAUGUGGACGGACAACUUCGGCCUCGGUGGCUACACGUACGCUGGAGGGAGUGUCUUCGAGUCCGACGCUGUCUUGGGGAAGCUGCCAUUUUUCCAAACGAUAUGCCAGGGACAGGGUCCCUUCCGCCUCAACUACGAGGACCCGAGGGCCUCCACCCCGCAGAAGAGCGAUCUGCAGUACGUGUGGUGGGUCAUCUUCUUUGUGAUCCUCUUUGUGCUGUGCCUCAUCGCCUUCUUGAUCAUCGCGUGCUGCCAGGAGCGCGAGGACAUGGAUGAGCCGCCGGAGGACGCCCCGGAAUGGGCGGAGAAGGAGACGGAGGCGCGCGAUGUGUCGAAGCGCUACGUCAGCCAGCGCUCCUUCCGCGUGGAUGAGCGCGGCGGCGAGGACGACAGCAGCAGUCGGCACUCUGACAGCGUAGACAAGGAGGACACGUAUUCCGAUGAAGAGCGGACUUGA